AAUUUGAAAACUCUUCAUCCAUUUCCUUCCCUACCACCGGAUUCAAUGGCGGCGAAAAAACCCGGAGUGAUCGCUUUGUUCGACGUCGACGGUACUCUCACAGCUCCAAGGAAGGAAGCUACUCCAGAAUUGCUUGAUUUUAUCCGAGAAUUGCGCAAGGUCGUCACUAUUGGAGUCGUUGGUGGAUCUGAUCUAAGCAAGAUAUCUGAGCAGCUUGGGAAAACAGUCACAAACGACUAUGAUUAUUGUUUCUCUGAGAAUGGUCUUGUUGCCCAUAAAGAUGGGAAAUCCAUUGGAGUUCAGAGCCUGAAGCUGCACCUCGGAGAAGAUAAACUCAAGGAGUUGAUAAAUUUCACGCUGCACUACAUUGCAGACUUGGAUAUUCCAAUUAAGAGGGGAACAUUUAUUGAAUUCCGAAAUGGAAUGCUCAAUGUAUCACCCAUUGGUCGCAACUGCAGCCAAGAAGAAAGAGAUGAAUUUGAGAGAUAUGAUAAGGUUCAAAACAUCCGACCAAAGAUGGUAGCUGAACUUCGUGAGCGGUUUGCACAUCUUAACCUUACUUUCUCAAUUGGAGGACAGAUAAGCUUCGAUGUAUUCCCUAAAGGUUGGGAUAAGACUUACUGCUUGCAAUAUCUCGAGGACUUCAAUGAAAUCCAUUUCUUCGGUGACAAGACCUAUGAGGGUGGAAACGAUUAUGAAAUCUAUGAAUCACCAAAAACAAUUGGCCAUUCAGUUACGAGUCCAGAUGACACAAUGGCAAAAUGCAAGGCUCUGUUCAUGUCUUGAAACACCAUCCAUCUCAGUGUCAAGAGUUUGAUUCUUCUUUGGUGAAAUCUCACUACUUUUGAUUAUUUACAUUACAAGAAAUGGAGAGAAGUGUGUUUGAAUACUAUCAAUACUCGUAUGUUUUGAAUUUUGAUUCAUCAAAUAAGUAUCUUGUUAUAAACUCUGUUCCAGAAUAUGGUUCUCAAAGUUAUAAAAGGUUAAAGAUAUC